GAAUUGUAGGUACGUACUUAAUAAUUUCCCGAAUCUAGCAAAAGAUAAAAUGAAAAGAAAAAUAAUAAAAUGACCCAAACUCAAAUCAUUUAUCAGACUUAAACGAGAUUUCGAUCGCAUUGGGAAAGCUUUUGACUUUCGUAUUUAUUUAUUUAUUUAUUUAUUAAAAUAAUUCGUUCAGCCCUACGGAAAUUCGCAGUACGACGAGGAAGUCGAAACCUACUCUUAUCGUUAGGUUAGGCUCGAAAUAAUAUUUAUGUAGGCAAUCGACGUCAGCCAUCAUCAGUGGUUCGUGACCGGGGGUCUUGAGGAAGUGCAAUGAAAAAUAAUCGUCGAAACAGCUUAAAUAUUAUGGAGACGAUCGCCAUAAAUAUCGUCAUCGGUCGUAGUGGAGUGAUCUUAGGUUUGACCUUGCAACUCCGACGGAAAAUCAAUUAAACACGGUGGUAAUACGACAUAAUAAUAUUCUAUAUAAAACGUCAGUCGUCGUCCAAAAAUCAUUAGUAGCAUUUUCUGCGAGCGAAUGACAAUAAUUAAACGCUGUGGUGCCGACGAAGUAACAACAUUAUGUUGGACGACUACGCGGUGGUGACUGUUACGGCAGGCCUUUGCUUGUCGAUCGUCGUCGGAAUUGUCUGUGGCAACGACGAAACCAUGACUGUCCUCAGUCCGAUGCCCGCAAAGGAGCAGCGAACUUCCGGAAAUGUCAGUGGCGGCUUGACAAGGAGUCCACGGUUCGUGGUGGUCAAUGGAGACGGCGUGCCCGACUACGACGGAACAGACGACGACGACUACCAUGUCGUGUACGACUACGACGACGGUGGUGGCAGUGGCGGAGACCACGACCACGGCUACGACCACGACUACCACGAUAUCGGCCAUGACGAUGACGACGACGACGACGAUUUCGACCACGGUAGCGGUCCCGGUUACCACCAUCACGUGUGGUGGCACCACUACUACCAUCACGGUGAGCCGCACCUACCGUUUCCACUGUUCCCACCCAUUUUUGUGCACAGGCGACCAGCUCACCGCCGAUGCGAUCAGUGGCCGUUUGUGUGCAGGAGCACUUACGAAAUGAUCCAGUGGCUCCAAUGUUAUCACGAGUUUUUGGCAGCCUCGGGACUCCGCGACGAGGAUGGCCUCCACGGGCUGGUCACCCCGACACACGCAUGGAGGAAGUAGCGUCCGACCGGUGUCUUGUGCUAGGACUCGGAAGGUGGUCGGAGCGAAAAAUUGCGAAAAAUUUCAUAGUGUUUACCCGUAUACUUCUAGAAGAAUCUAUAUUCAGAGACUGUCGGGCCGGCACCUUUUGUUUUUCUUCAGUCCUGGUUCCGGUACUAGGUUAUUUCAUUACGAGGUUCCGGUUCCAGUUCUGGUUUUUGAAAAAAUAUAAAUUACGGGUUAAGGUCAUAACCGAUAUUUAAUGGUUCAAAAUAAAUAUAUAUUUUUUAA